AAGGGACUCCAUCUCUCUCUCCUUCUCUUCCUGUUCUCUCCUUUCCCUUUAGCUGCUCCAGAUCGAAUGAAACCAAAGGAACAUCCCGAAACCCCCAAAAUUAAAUAAAAAUAAAUAAAAAACCCUAAUGAAUUAUGAUUUUCUGUUCAAACUUUUCUAAUUUAUAGCCAACCUCUUUUUUAUAAAGGGAAAAAAAUCCCAUCUUUCUUCUCUCUCUCUUUUUUUUUUUUAAUUUUGUCUUGGUCCCUCGUUUCCCAAUUUACAAACUUUAGUGUUUUUCCAUUUCCGUUUCCAAGUUUCAAACCCUAGCUCUAAGAAGAAAAGGGAGAAGAGGAGAAAAAUUUUAGAGACAAUGGCGACAAGAGGGAGUAGAUCAGAGAAGGUGAAGAGAAUUUUCCAGCAAUUCGACGCGAACCGGGAUGGGGGUCUUAACAGAGACGAAAUGGCAGCGUUGGUCGUCGCAGUGAACCCGAGAGUCAAAUUUAGCGACGAACAAAUCAACGCCAUUCUCGACGAAGUGUUCCGGACCUACGGGGAGUUCAUUGACGGUGAAAACGGGUUAACGUACGAAGGUUUGUUGAGAACUUACGACGACGGAGCCGGUGACGUGGACCGUGACUUUGACGCGCUGGGUCUCGAGCUCAAUUUGGACGAAAACAAAGGCGCGUCGAUUGUUUCCGAAGCUUCUUCUUCGUCGAUUGUGGAUGAGAGAGUAAUGGAGUCGCAGAAGAAGCAGCGGACGGCAGCGUGGGCCGUGUCGCCGCAUCACGGGAUAGUUUUCGAUGACACGUGGAAGCUCGUUGACGAUUUGGAGAUUUUGGUGAAGAGAUUGAAAGCACAGCAAGCGAAAGACGGGAAAUUUAAAAACGAUAAUUUUGAUGCGUAUUCUGAUGCUGGGUGGUCAAGGGAAUUAGGACCGUCUGCGGAGCUUUCAGAGAAAAGGGUGUAUUGGGAAGAAUCUGGACAUGAUUAUGCUGUUUUUGUUAAAGAAUUGGGGGCUUUAAGGAGUAGAGCUGAUGGAGCAAGGUCGAGAGAAGAAGCAUUUGAUGGCCACAUGGCAAUUGGGAGGGUUUUAUAUGAGCAUCAGUUGUUUAAAGAAGCUUUGAUUAGUUUCAAAAGGUCUUGCGAAUUGCAGCCUAUGGAUGUGAGGCCACAUUUUAGAGCUGGGAAUUGUCUGUAUGUGUUAGGGAAGUAUAAAGAAGCUAAAGAAGAGUUUUUGUUGGCUUUGGAAUCAGCUGAGGCAGGCGGACAUCAAUGGGGUUACUUGCUUCCUCAAAUUGAUGUCAAUCUUGGGAUUGCUCUUGAAGGAGAAGGUAUGGUUUUAAGUGCUUGUGAGUAUUAUAGAGAAGCUGCUAUUCUUUGUCCUACUCAUUUUAGAGCUUUGAAACUUUUGGGUAGUGCUCUUUUUGGGGUAGGGGAGUAUAGGGCGGCUGUUAAGGCUUUAGAAGAAGCUAUCUUUAUGAAACCAGAUUAUGCUGAUGCACAUUGUGAUUUAGCAUCAGCUUUGCAUGCAAUGGGUGAGGAUGAGAGGGCAAUUGAGGUUUUCCAGAAAGCGAUUGAUUUGAAACCUGGUCAUGUCGAUGCUUUAUACAAUCUAGGUGGGCUUUAUAUGGACUUGGGUAGGUUUCAGAGAGCUUCUGAGAUGUACACUAGGGUUUUAGCUGUGUGGCCAAAUCAUUGGCGGGCACAGCUCAAUAAGGCUGUGUCCUUGUUGGGGGCUGGAGAAACUGAGGAAGCUAAGAAAGCUUUGAAGGAAGCUUUGAAAAUGACAAAUAGGGUUGAAUUACAUGAUGCCAUUUACCAUCUGAAGCAGCUACAGAAGAAGAAGGUGAAGACUAACGGUGGUGCCAACGGGGAAGGGGCUUUUGUAAUAGUGGAGCCAUCAAAAUUCAAGACUGUGGGGGAGAAGACUACGUUGAGGCAGGAUUUAGGAAGUGCCCUUGAAAUUAGGGCCUUCCAGAGAAUUACUAGAUUGGGCCGCUGUGAAGUGGAUCUUCUGAAGAAGGAAAUGAGUGACACUGAUGUACCAGUCUCCUACUCUGGUGGUGGCGGUCCUCAGAAAUCCAUUCGCAAACCUAAUUUGGAAGAAAUUCUACGCAGACUACUUAAUUUUCUAAAACCUGAAACCUUCCAAGGAGCUGUCAAAGCCAUAAAUGAGAAAAUCCUCUCUGUCUUGGAUGAAACAGGAUCAGGCAGGGUGGACUUGGGCAUGUUUUAUGCUGUUCUUGCCCCCAUUUGUAGUGGACCUCUGGAUAAGCGAAAACGGAUUGCCUUUGAUGCACUUUUAUGGCGGCCAGUAAAUGAAGGUGGUUCUCAGAUUAGAAAGGUGGAUGCUCUUCAGUACAUCAAAUUGUUGAGGGCUAUAUAUGUUCCUUCUCAUGGAAUAAGUGAAAUACUGGAAAUUCAUGGAGAAACAGAUUCCUCGAUGGUAUCUUUCAAUGAAUUUCUUGUCAUGUUUGACGAUCCUGAUUGGGGCUUUGGUAUCAUGUCCACUCUGAUGAAGUUAGAAACCGGAGAUAGGAAUCGUCAUGGACGCCAAGUUUGCUCUGUUUGCCGUUACCCAAUUAUUGGUUCUCGCUUUAAGGAAGUGAAGUCUCACUUUAGUCUAUGUAAUCAAUGCUACAGUGAGGGAAAGGUGCCCACUAACUAUAAACAGGAUGAGUAUAAAUUCAAAGAGUAUGGAAGUGAGGCUGAAGCGAUGAAAGACAAGUGCAUGUGCUUUAAUUUGCAAUCCCACAAAGAUCCGUAGCUAGUUGGUUUAAAGUCUUUUUGCUAAUCUUGUACCAUUCCAUUGUGUUGUUUUAGUCAUCCUGUGUGCAUUGUGCAAUAUAUAGUUCAUCAAUGUGUUCAGUGGGCAACAUGCCCUUGUAUAAUAAACCGUUUUCAGGUGAUGGCUCUAGUAUCCUUGUUUCAUAACAGUUGUUGUAGAGACAUUUUUCCUCUUCCGUUUUUGGGAAAAAUGAAAAUUCCCUAGAUGGUGUAUAUUCACUGUAUCAUCUUCUGCUCUUUUCUUGUUAGUAGUGUUAAAUUUGUUUGGAGGUGUUAAAUGGAGAAACAAAUGUUAUGCUUU